CUCAUUACGUUAUUUGCAUAAGAUUCUGCAUAAAUAAACAAAAAUGUUUUAGAGAUAAGUCAAAUAAAUGAAAUUGUUAUGAAAUACUUCGUAUAUUAUAAUAUCAUCGGUUAGUUUCUGCUCAAAUGACGAUAGAAGACACAACAGACAUGCGAACGAAAAAGUAACAAAAAGACAAAAUGGUAGCCAAAAAAGUGAACUGUGAUAAAGUAGUUGUAAGUGAAAAUAGAAGUAAAAUACUAUUUGACAGCGAUGUGAUUAGAUGUGAGGAUAAACUAUUGUACUCGUACGAGGAAGCACUUACGGUGGCUGGGCACGGUCGCUACAGCUACCUGCUGCUGCUGCUGCUGAGUCUGACGCUGAUGGCCAUGGGGCUGGACAUGUUCGGCUUCUCCGUGGUGGUCACCGGCUGCAGCUGUGAGUUCGAGCUUACGCAGACGCAGAAGGGGAUCCUGGGGUCGAUGCCCUAUGCUGGUCCAAUAGUGAUGUCCUACACAUGGGGCUACAUCUCUGACACGCGCGGGCGCCGGCGCAGCCUGCUGGUGGCCAUGCUGGGAGCCUCCGCGGUGUCGGCACUCAGCGCGCUGUCUCCCAACUGGGUCGUGCUGGCCGUCAUGAAGCUAGUGGGGACUAGUUUUGUCAGCUGCGCGCAGUCGGCCACAUUCUCCCUGCUCGGGGAGUCCUGCUGCCAGCGGGUGCGCGGACCCUACCUCUUCAUCAUGAGCACCGUCAUGCACACAUGCCCUAUUAUAUAUUUCUCUCUUGGCUACUUGAUCCUCGGGUUGGAUUUCUCGUACGACGUCGGAUUCAUGCUGUUUUCUCCAUGGAGGCUGUACAUAUUGAUCCUAUCACUGGCGCCCUUAAUCGGAUUCUUCUGUAUGCUGCCAUUGGUGGAGAGUCCCAAGUUUUUAGCCAAUCAGGAUCGAGAGGAAGAGGCUUUGAAAGCUUUGGAAAGAAUUUGGGUCAUUAAUGGCGGUGAACCUAAUAUGUACCCCGUGAGGAGAAUAAUCCUGGACGAAGCGCCGAGGGUCGAGGUGACGUCCCUGGCGCGGUCUCUGUGGGAGCAGACCGCGCCUCUCUUCAAGCCCCCCUACCUGAAGUACACUCUACAACUCUACUACAUCACUAUUGUUCUAUAUGGAACAUGCAACAGUUUGAUGACGUGGCUACCUUUUGUUGCAAACGACUACUUUGCAUCGACAAAAAGCUCUGACAACAUUGGACUCUGCGAUGUCCUGGGUGACAAUGACGUUGAUGCGAAUUACAGUAGCAAUAGCACUGAUAUCUUUACACCAGAAUGCAGUAGUAAACUAAAACAAGAAACGCUCUUCGUAGGAGUGGCUCUUGGCACAACAUUUACCACUAUCAACAUUCUGAUGUCAUUGGCAUCUUCAAGGAAGAAGUGUUUAUCUCUCAUGUUUUCCCUACUGGGGUUCACGGGGACCAUCGGAGUCAUCUUUGGAACAAACCCCGUGCUGGUGUUGCCAUUUUAUGUACUCUGUUUAACAACUUCUAUACAGAUUGGGAUACUUUCAUCGUACUACGUUAUCUUGUUUCCUUCUUUAAAUCGCGGCAUGGCGGGCUGCCUGGGCGUGAUGGUGGCGCGGCUGAGCGCGCUGGCCGGUAUCAACCUGGCCGGCGCCGCCAUGUUCUCCGCCUGCCACGCCACUUUUGGAUUCUUUGCUGUCUUCAUACUCAGUGGUGCUUUGAUGGCCUGCUUCCUACCUUCUGACAAUAUUUCAAAACUCUUGUAAAACAAUGUGCUAUCUUUAAAUUGAC